UGCAUGUUGUCACUUUUGUUUGAGACCAAGCAGAAGAGCCCGCAUCAUACGACGUAAACACAUGACAGUCGGCCAUCAUGAGACUUUGGCGAGCAUCGGUGCGCGUGAACUGACCGAGAGGAGCGCGCGCGCGUCCGUGAGCGCGAGUUCCUUUUCAGCUGAAGCGAGUGAGCGAGGGAUGUCGGGCCGAAGUGGAGCAGCGCCUCGCGGCUGCAGCAACCCCAACGCGCCGCCGCUGCCCCUCCGGGCCACGGUGCCCUACCAGUUGCUCCUCAAGACGGAGCGGACCCGGGCCCGCCCGCCCAAGCCCACCAUGCGGCGGACCCUCUCCUUGGACGCCAUCCUGGCACCGUACCUGCAGGGACAGUGGCCCAAAGAGCCCGUAGAAGGCCCGGCGGGGACUUGUGUCAGCGACAAGGCCACGCAGACGCCAUCUUGUUGGGUGGAGGAAACGCAGGCCCGAAGAAGUUUCGGCGGUCACAAGCGUUCUGCGUCAUGGGGCAGCGCUGAGCACCUGAAGGAGGUGGCCAAGCUGAGGCAGCAGCUGCAGAAGCGAUCUCGCCAUGCCGCUCCCACCGCGCCAGGCUACGAACCGUCGCAUCAUCCGCUGACGGCGGGCCACAUGGCGGGCGUCACUCAGACGCCACCUCUGGUGCCGCUGAGCCGACUGGCCUCGCGGCUCCGGCGGAGCGUCGAGGGCCUCAACUUGGAGCUGGAGGAGGUGUUUGUCUCGGAGAAGUGUGACGACCAGCAUGAGCUUUUGGACAUCCCGGACGGACACAGGGCUCCCGCUCCGGUUCAAAGGUGCAGCAGCGGCUCCCAAAGCGAGUCGUCGCCGGGGCCCUUGGAUCUUUCCUCGAUGUCUCCUCCUCAGUCGCCGUGUCCGCUGGAUCCGUCCCUGCUGUCUCCGCCCACCUCGCCGUGUCCUUUCGACCCUUCACCAGGUCAGAUGCUCACUUUUGCGGAUUCAUUUUGGUAUUUCGCAGAGGUACUACACAAUAUUUGUGCCCGUGUAACAGAGUCAGCUACUCGAGAGGCCCUUGCUGCGUCUCCUUCCACGCUUUUCUCUUCAUAUGGAGCGGACCCUCCAGCGCUGCCAUCGUGGUCAUCCUCCCCCUCGCCGCUAACGCCGCCGUGUCGCGGCAAAACCUUCUCCUUCCAGCGCCAGCCGCCAGAGGGCUGCGAGCCGCUCCCGGUGUGCCUGGACACCGGGGCCGCCUGGCGGGACGAGCCCCCCCGCCUCCAGCCGUCCUGCCCCGACCUCAACAAGGUGAACUUCACGCCGCACGGGGGCUCUGCUUUCUGCCCCGUCAGCCUCCUCAAGCCCCUCCUGCCCUCCAUGGACCUGCUCUUCCGCGGCCUGUCCGUGUCCCCCGUCACCGGCUGCCCGGCCCAGGCGUCUCCCACCGGGCAGGUGGGCAUGCAGUGAGGAUGAAGACCGCCUCGGUGGAUUGAAGCACUCUUGAGUUGAGGGUUUUGCCGACUCAUCGCUGUAACCUCGAUCACGGACUUGUGCAAGAUUACGUAAACCCGCAGAUUUUGAAUGGCAACUUUUCUACGAGAUUAAAACUAUCUAGAUAUUUUUUGUAGCUUUCUUAAAAGACCUGUGAGUCUGUUUGCAUCAAGCAGGAGAAAUCAACUCAUUUCUGUUUAUACUGUGACCAACAUUAUAAACAAGAAGGAUUGUUAUGAGCUUUAAUGACCCGUGGGGAGUUUAUUCUAAUCAAAAUCUUGCAAAAGCAAUGCUGUUUAAUAGAAUUUUUUGGUUCUCAUUCAAACUACUGUGCCUGUGUGUAUGUUAAUUGUAUCCAUUUCUAAAGUGACAAAAAAGCUUUCAGUUUUAUUCUCAGUCAUGUAGCAAAGCUUGAUCUUUUAGUCUUACUGAGCUUUAUUGUAAAGUUGUGCUCAUAUGUUUACAUACCUGGCAAAAUUUGGAAAGAUGUGUACAUAUACAAUUCUUUAAAGAAAACACGAGUGAUAAGGCAAAACAUUAAAUAAAAGGGAUUCAAUUUAAGCUAUGAAGUAUUUCAGAAGAGCGCAACCAAUCAACAAAAGAUGGCAAUAAAGAAAAUAGGGAGAUCAUCAUUUAUCAGACAUAUUUCCCCCAAAUUUAUAUAAAUUUUAUAAAUACUGUAAGGGUAUUGCAAUGCCCCUGUAUAUGAUCCAUCUUUUUUAGUCCUAUGAGCUAUAAAAGAGUGAAUAUUCAUGCAAAAGUUGCUAUUUUUAUGGGCUACCAUGUGAAUCAUGGAUCGCAUGUAUCUCUGACUCCAGUUUCCGAUAUCAACAAUUUGAUCGUGAAUAGUCACAAGAAGUGAGUUGGGAGAGGCUCUAGCACUCCUGCGACCCUUGUGAGGAUAAGUAAAUUGGAGAAUGGAUGGAUUUCCAAUGUCUGUAAUUCUGUUUUAACUAGUCAUAAUUCGGUUACAGAUAUAUAAAUGAUUUUUUUCUAAUAAUGACGUUGUUGAUUUAUACAAUGGUAAUACUAGAUAGCCAAUCAUAAAUUAUAAAUGUUAAUAUUACAGUAUGUAGAUUUAUGGCACAACUGUACACUCUGUAGCUUAAACAGUGGCUAA